UGGCAAUUCAGGUCAUGAAGCAAUGCUUCAGCUUUCCGAAUAAUUUGAACCCACCAUUAUUCAGACGCGAACCUGUUCUUUUACACAAUUCCUCGGAGAUGAACGUGACUAGGACCCAAACAGAAGGGCCAAUGCUUAUCUAGUCUUCCCAAACGUGGUCUGACUGGUCCGGUUUCUUCUUCGGCGUAGCGCAAGCAGUACUGCCAAGCGCUGAAACCCUUCCGCUAUCAGAGAUAUAGCUGCAUUCAUCGUGCCAUCUCCUCUACCUUCGCUCGCUUGCUUGCAGCCUUGACCUUGCGCAUCAUGUGGACUUCGUGCAUAGAAUCGCAACGCAGGGAAAAUGAAAACGGAAUCAUAGGGGUUGACCGUAUUGGAGAAAACGAUUCGGACAGCGACAGCAAAGCUACGGCGGCAGACACAGGCCGAGCAAAUCUAAUUCACCACCCCUCUCGGGCAUUGCCCAGCAUCGGUAUAGACUUGUUCAACGUGCCGAAAAGUGUUUAUCUAUUACCAGAAAGGUUCAGCGACCGUGCUAUGCCAGAAACCACCAGUCCUAGUCCGGGCUCCUCCUCCCAUGACGACAAUACCAUCGACGUUCCCAUCAAGCUCGGGUCAAAACCAGCCCUCUUCUUCCUCAUCGAAUGUCGUUGACGGCAUGCCAGUCGAUCCCCUGACCCAAACUACACAAGGCUCAGAAUCCCAUUUUGCCGUCAUCGGCGUUGCGACGGUGCUCGGGCUCAUCCUAGUUUCAGUUGCCGGCUUCUUUAUCUGGAGAUCCUGGACGCAACAGGACUCGGAUUCGAGGAGCGGGUUCACCGAUGAGCGCUCGUGGACCCCUCGAGAGGAGUGCAAUGAGUGGCGGACGGGAGCGACGAAGCAAGAUAGAAAUCGGAGGGAUAGAACGACCCGACGCACGGAAAGGAGUGGGGCACGUAAUUCGACUCAGAAAUCUCCUGAAUCUGUGUUGCUCUCGACAGAGAUGGGACGGCAAGAGGUCGAGGGGACGGUGGUCAAUGGAAUAGCCCACAGAGAUCCACCUCCUACCUAUAACGCGGCUGCCGCCUGUCACAUUGAUUAGUUUGAAGUGUCGGAUGGACUCUCUCACAUGCAACGCCUGUGUAUCGGAAUCAGAUAAUCUUAUCUUUUAUUCGAACCCAGA